AUGUAUAUUCGUGAGGAUAUAAGUUACCAACGACGGUAUGAUCUAGAAACUGAAGGAAUUGAAGGUAUCUGGAUGGAAAUUCUUAUUCCUAACACAAAAUCAAUUUUAUUAUGUUCAGUAUAUAAACCCCCUGAUAACUCAAAGUACAUCGACAUAAACUUCGACGCAAAACUUAAUGACAUGAUAACAACCGUUACGGAUGAAGGUAAAGAAUGCUUAAUUACCGGUGAUCUAAAUUGUAACUAUUUGAAACCAAACGACCAUGUCGAUAUAAAAGAUAUUUUUGCUACUAAUGGUUUUAAACAAAUGAUAAAAGAAGCAACGAGAAGUAUUAGUAAAACGUUAAUCGAUAUCUUUUUGACAACAGAUUCAACAAAAAUAUCAAAAUCUUUUGUUGAUGCCAACUCCAUCAGUGACCACGACCUUGUGGGAAUUGUUCGUAAAAUGCAUGUAAAGAAAUACGCUUCUCGUAAAUUGUUUACUCGUGAUUAUUCAAAAUUUAACAAGGAUCUUUUUAAGAAUGAACUUAGAAAUGUGCCGUGGAAAAAUUGCUUUGUUGAAGAUAAUAUGAAUUCAUCAUGGAACUUGUUCAAACAUUAUUUGACAAUUGUUAUCAACAAACAUGCACCAUUAGUUGAAAGGAAAAUUCGAGGUAUGCAGAAUCCUUGGAUGUCGAGAGAUAUUAAAACGAAAAUAAACACUCGUGAUUAUUAUCUCCGUUGUGCAAAACGUACAAAUAGUGAAAAUGACUGGUCAAGUUACAGAAGAGUGCGAAAUCUCGUGUCGUAUCUCAUUCGACAAGCAAAAGCAAAACAUAUCCGCUCACUUUUUCGGGAGAACGGUACCAGCCCGAAAUACUUCUGGAAGCAAAUCAAAAGUCGAUCUACACUUGUAAAUUCCAUCCCAUCUAUCACGAAUUUAACAUGGUUGCCAUUUAAUGGAUCCUUUUAUCUAACUAACGUCAAUCCACAACAUUUAUCAUUCAAGUUCCAACAUGUUGAAAUUUCAGAGUCGAGCAAAGUGUUGAAAGAAAUUAAUUCAUCAAAAGCUUCCGGUAUUGACGAUCUCCCAGCUUUACUUAUAAAGGAUGCAGCUGAGGAACUAGCAGCACCGCUAUCAUUUUUGAUUAAUCACAGUUUCAAAUCUGGCAUUUUUCCAACGAUCGAAAAGACUGCCAAAGUAACACCUAUAUACAAGUCAGAAGCAAAACAUUUGUUCUCAAAUUAUCGUCCAAUAUCCGUCCUCAACGUGAUAUCGAAAUUAGUUGAAAAAAUUGCCUCUGAUCAACUAUCACAGUACUUUGAAUCGAACGGCCUCUUCAGUCCUUAUCAAUAUGGCUUCCGUAAGAAAAGAUCCACAUAG